CCAUAAAAUGUAUCCAAGUUUCAACUAUAGUUUCUUAACCACUUCUUUAAUGCAUAUAUCCUAUAAAACAAAAUUGUGGAUACAAACCAUGAUACAAACACUAUAACCCAGACCAAACUAAUCGAGUUGAAUCGAAAAUUGAUGUCCCAGACUUAUGAGUCAAACACUGAUCAUACCAAUGAGCAAAAAUGGCGAAUGACAAGGAUCCUCUGAAACAGUUGAAAGAUCUGACGCUGCUCAAAAGUCAGUUGGAGGAAAUCCAGAGGCGAGUAGAGAACGAAGUUUCUGUAGGAACUCAGGGAGGCUCAGUGUUGGGAUCUCCACUGCUGAAGGGCUUUCUGGCUGGCUAUGUGGUGGCCAAGCUACGCUCCUCUGCCUUCCUGGGACUGCUGCUGGGAACAAUCACUGGCGUAUACGCGGCACAGAACUAUCAAGUGCCCAACAUUGAAAGGACGGUGAAAGAUUAUAUCAACAGCUUUAAAAAAGGACCAAAAUAAUUUGGGUUGACUGCUAGUUUUGUC